AUGAAAGUCCUUUCAAUUCUUCUCUUUGGCACCUUGGUGGCCGCCGAGCAAAUGCGUUCGAGCGUCAGCAGCAACACCAACCCGAACGUCAAGGACAUCUUCAAGAUUUCCAGCAGCACCGGUGCCACCCGCGACAACGUCGAUCAACCGACUGGCAACGCUAAAGUCGAGUCCAACCCAAAGGGCAAGACCGGGAAGAGCGGUGUCACCCCUCGAGCUCUCCGGGGCUAA